AUGUUCUACGUGCAAUAAGCUAAGAUGUCACAGACUGUGUCAACUGGGGAGACAAUCACCUUGAGUUGCAGUGUACCAGAUUCACUCCCAAGUGGGCCCACCUUAUGGUUCAAGGGGACUGGGUCAAGCCAGGAAUUAAUCUACAAUUUCAAAAGAGGUCUUUUUCCCAGAGUAAAAGAAAUUGGAUACAACACCAAAUCGGACAACACAGACAUUUCCAUCAGCAUCAGUGAAAUCUGUCUUGCAGAUGCCAGCACCUACUACUGCGUGAAGUUCGAGGAGGGGAAACCUGACAGGGAGUACCAGUCAGGUUAGGGCACCCAGGUCCCUGUUAUUGGAUGA